AUGUCUGCUCGCAAUACUCGACAGAUGGAUGAGAAAUCGCCUCCUCAGACUCCGAAAGGACAGAUCCGGAACUCGUUCACAAGCAGUAAAUGGUCCCCGAUAUCGAUGGGUAGUCGAGGCUCAAGCUCGUUCUGGCGAACACCUCCUAGACCUCCACCGCUGGGAUGGCAGGCAUCUCGAUUGCCGAGUUUGAGUUGUAUUGGCAUUCGUCAGUUAAUGCCGUCCCGCAAAAUAUUGCUGUUGGUACUUGCGGCGUUCGCUUUUGGAUUCUUCAUAUCCAUCCAGUCCAACCAGGAUUCGACGAUCUUGGCAGAUUACAGUUUCGAUGUCAAGCCGAUUCGAGCCACCCUAGCUGUUUCUCACAAAAGCAACCCGGACCCAAUUCGCUGGCUACAGGAGAAUUCCCAUGACAAACAUGCUCUGCCGGAAGGGGUUGUGCCGAAUUUUCGCAAUCUUGGAGACAAGCUCAGGGGAAGACCGAAGGCGGCAUUGAUUACCCUCGUGAGAAAUUCGGAAUUGGAUGGAAUUGUUCAAAGUAUGAAACAGCUGGAGGAAAGGUGGAAUAGCAAGUAUCAGUACCCUUGGAUUUUCUUCAAUGACGAACCCUUCACGGACGAAUUCAAAGGAGUGACGCAGAAUUUGACCGCUGCCAAAUGUCACUAUGAGAUUGUGCCCAAAGAGCAUUGGUCCUUACCGGAAUGGAUUGAUGAGGAUCGGUUCAUGAAUAGCCUUGAAUAUUUAGGAACCAUCGGAGUUGGCAAAGGUUGGCUAGUUCAAUAUUUUUGCAACAUCGACUACGAUGUUUUCCGCUUCAUGCGGGAUAACAACAUGAAAUAUGGCUUUAAUAUGAAUAUUUUAGACGAUGCCCGCUCGUUUCCAUCGCUUUGGAGCAAAACUCGAGACUUCAUGAAAGCUCACCGUGACCUGCUCAAUCCCGAAGCUGAUCUCAAGUGGCUGCAAAAUCCUGAAACUAGUGGUGACUACAACAACUGUCAAUUCUUCUCGAAUUUCGAGAUCGGUUCGCUCAAGUUCUGGCGCGAUAAGGGGAAUGAAGCGUAUUUUGACUGGCUCGAUAAAUCGGGCGGGUUCUACUAUGAACGCUUUGGAGACGCUCCAGUCCAUACUCUCAGUGUAGCAAUGUUUGUUCCUAAACGCGAGAUUUGGUUUUUUCGAGACAUUGGCUAUCAGCAUGAUAUCAAUACACAUUGUCCGCCACAUAGAGAAGGAAAGUGCUUCUGUGAGCCAACACGGUUAGACGAAAACUUCUACAAGUUAGUUCCUCUUGAGAGUCCACAAAAGAAGCCUCUGGACACAUGCAUUCGACAGUUCCUUGGUGGGGAGUGGUUGAAGAAGAAAGAUGGUUGGACUAUGGCUGGUGAGAAGGCUUUUGGCGGAGAUGGAUAUCAUGGGUAUGAAGCGUUGGGGUAG